AGGGGGGCUCGGUGUCAAUUUUUUUUCUUCUUGGGGUGUGUGUGUGUGUGUGUGUGUGUGUGUGUGGCCGCGGCCCGAGCCUGUGGCGCGCGGGUAGGCGAACGGGGAAGAUCCCCGGCGCGGUUAAAAGAACCAUGGAUGGCCCGACGCGGGGACAUGGACUCCGGAAAAAGCGGAGGUCGCGAUCACAGCGAGACCGGGAGAGACGCUCCCGGGCCGGCUUAGGAACCGGUGCGGCGGGUGGUAUAGGAACCGGCCGGACCCGGGCUCCCUCGCUGGCUUCAUCGUCGGGCUCCGACAAGGAAGACAAUGGAAAGCCCCCAUCCUCCGCCCCGUCCCGGCCCAGACCCCCGCGGAGGAAGCGCAGAGAGUCCACCUCAGCCGAAGAGGACAUCAUUGAUGGAUUUGCCAUGACCAGCUUUGUUACUUUUGAAGCGCUGGAGAAAGAUGUAGCAGUUAAGCCUCAGGAACGUGUGGAGAAACGGCAGAAUCCCCUGACCAAGAAAAAACGAGAAGCUCUUACCAAUGGCUUGUCCUUUCACUCAAAGAAGAGCCGGCUCAGCCACUCGCACCACUACAGCUCAGAUCGAGAAAAUGACCGCAAUCUCUGCCAGCACCUUGGGAAGAGAAAGAAGAUGCCUAAGGGAGUCAGACAGCUCAAGCCAGGACAGAACAGCUGCAGGGACAGCGACAGCGAAAGCGCUAGUGGAGAAUCCAAGGGUUUCCAGAGGAGCAGCUCUCGGGAGAGGCUCAGCGAUAGUUCAGCUCCUUCCAGCUUGGGGACAGGCUACUUCGUAAGUCCACCUCCACUUCCACCUGCGCGCCUCCUCUUGCCUUCAGGCCACUCCUAUCACAAACGCUCAUGGCAGUGUGAAAAAAUGACACCCAAGGAACCCCCCUCGCUCCUAACGAGCUCACUGAUUGCCGCCCUUUCAUUGAGAAUCGUUUUAUUUCUGAAGGGUUUAACUUGUUGGGCCUUGAGAAUCAGGAGGCAUCUGCCUCGGUGGGGCACUUAGAGUGCUUAGGAGAUGUGGGGGAAGGCGAUUGCUCUCGCCAGCCAAAUCCAUAACUCCUGAGUUAUUUGACUUCUGCAAAGGACUCGGAAGAGCUUCCGUGUGCCCAGUGACUUGCUUCACUGUUCCUGUUAGUCCAUGGUGAGGGGCGGUGGCAUUCCAAUAGCAUUUCCCUCAUACUCGGUUGGUAGCUGUUUCUAGCUUUUAAGCCAGCAAUCACCACACCCCUCCGUUUAGCCAAUAGAGAUGCACUAUAUGCUUUGUGGUCCUUACACUCUGGUCUUCGGGGAGGGCCAGGGAUGGAGGACAUAUAUUUCUGGGAUUAUUACACUAUCUUUCAUUCAUAGACAGAGAAAUGGUUGUUGCUUCAUUAAACUUUUAUAACAACA